CCCAAACAUCCCGCCCGCUUCGCACGCGAUGUCGUCGUGUUACCCCCCCCUCCCCUGGUCUGGAACCCACGGGAGGUACCGGCAACCUCACCCCCCCUUCCCCGACCCGUCGGGACGCCCCCAGCCUCCUCCUUCGCCCCCCGCAGGAGACAGGCAGGGGAGCGGCGGUCCCACACCCCACGCCAGUGCCACCGCGGAGAGGGGGGGCGGUGUGUGUGUGUGGGUGGUUGUGUGGGGGGGUCCAGUUUAGUUAUUUGGGAGUUUGGACGCACGUCAGCUUUGAUUAGGCUUCGGUCACGUGACGGGAGGUUGCCGGGCCAAUCAGGACGAGCGGCGAUGCAUAUAAAGCAGGAGCGAAGGGCGAGCGGGGUACCUGCCGGCAGGAUCGGGCCCCCAGGCGCUCCACUCCGGAGGUUUCUGAAUGGCAGCAGCGAUGAAGGCUGCAAUGUCAUUGGUGGGAAGUCAAGGAGUUGUCUCGGCCACCGAGGUCCUCCUCGCAGCUGCCGUCUUCUGCCUGGUCUUCCUGCUCAUCCAGUCCCUCCAGCAGCACGUGCCCAAGGGACUGAAGAGCCCCCCAGGACCCAGAGGCUACCCCAUCCUCGGCAACGUGCUGGAGCUGAGGAAGGACCCACACCUGGUCCUGACCCAGCUGAGCCAGAAGUAUGGGGACAUCAUGGAGGUCAGGAUCGGCACCCGGCCCGUGCUGGUGCUGAGUGGGCUGGAGACCAUCAAGCAAGCAUUGGUGAAGCAAGGAGAAGACUUCAUGGGGCGCCCUGACCUCCACAGCUUUCAAUACAUUUCAGACGGGCAGAGCCUGGCCUUCAGCCCUGACUCAGGGGAGGUGUGGAAAGCCCGCAGAAAGCUGGCUCAGAACGCCCUGAAGACCUUCUCCAUUGCCCCCAGCCCCACCUCCUCUUCCACCUGCCUCCUGGAGGAGCACGUCUCCAAAGAGGCCGACUACCUGGUCACCAAGUUGCUGCAACUGAUGGAUGAGAAGAAGAGCUUUGACCCUUACCGGUAUGUGGUGGUCUCUGUGGCCAACGUCAUCUGUGCCAUCUGUUUUGGCAAGCGCUACGACCACAACGACCAAGAGCUGCUCAGCUUGGUGAACCUCAGCAAUGAAUUUGGUGAAGCAGCUGCUGCUGGCAACCCUGCUGACUUCAUCCCCGUGCUCCAGUAUCUUCCCAGCCGCACCAUGCAGAUCUUUAAGGACAUCAACAGGCGUUUCAACUUCUUUGUGCAAAAAAUUGUCCGGGAGCAUUACACCAGCUUUGACAAGGAGCACAUCCGGGAUGUCACGGACUCGUUGAUUGAGCACUGCCAGAAUAGUGUAGGGGAGGAUACCAAUGUCCCACUCUCCAAUGAGAAGAUCAUCAACAUUGUCAAUGACCUCUUUGGGGCCGGCUUUGACACGGUGACAACUGCCUUAUCCUGGAGCCUCAUGUAUGUCGCCUUGUACCCCCACAUCCAGAAGAAGAUCCAGGAAGAACUAGACCGGACCAUUGGCAGGGAGAGGAGACCGAGGCUGUCGGACCGGGGUACGCUGCCCUACACAGAAGCCUUCAUCCUGGAGAUGUUCAGGCACUCCUCCUUCCUGCCCUUCACCAUCCCGCACAGUACGACAAAAGCGACGGUGCUGAAUGGCUACUACAUCCCCAAGAACACCUGCGUGUUUAUCAACCAGUGGCAAGUGAAUCACGAUGAGAAGCUUUGGAAGGAUCCCUCAACCUUCAACCCCGAGAGGUUCCUGAAUGCUGCGGGAACUGAAAUAAGCAGGACAGAGAGUGACAAAGUGCUGACUUUUGGCUUGGGGAAGAGGCGAUGCAUUGGGGAGUCCAUCGGCCGGUGGGAGGUCUUCCUCUUCUUGACCACCAUGCUGCAGCAGCUGGAAUUCAGCCUCCGCCCCGGGGAGGAGGUGGACAUCACUCCUCAGUACGGACUGACGAUGAAGUACAAGAAAUGCGAGUGCUUCCAGAUUAAGAAGCGUUUCCCCAUGAAGAACUCUCCAUAAGCUUUGCAGAAGAAAGCCAGCCCUUGGAGUCGGACACUCAUCUAGCUUUUGCUAAUGCUCUCUUGAAGCCAACACAGCCCCUUGCUCUGUUGCUUCACCGGAGGCUUGUUCAUCUCAUGAAAAUAUGAGCGGGGAGGGAUAAAGCCGGCUUUGUCAGGCUCCUCGCCGCUCCCCAAGCCAGCUCUAUCGCCCUCGCCUGCAGAGCAGAUCCUCAGAGGUCCAGCCCACACGUCCCUCUCUGGGGAGGGACCACAGGGAGGUGGUGGGGAGGAGGAGGGCUGGGAGAAGCGGUGGGAGAUGUUGGUUAGGGAUGUCCUCACCCUGCCUGGUGCCGUGGGCAGCUCCCUUCAUCUGCCAGAUAGGAAUAAACCUGCAGGUUCCCCCUCAAGAAAGCUGGCCAACCUUAACCGAUGGGGUGAAAGUCUUUGAAGCUUGUUUGGUAGAGCAGUUGGCCAACUCUUCGGCUCCUCAUGCCGAGGGCCUCAGGCUCUCCCCGCUGCUUCAGCUGCCUGCUGAAGGGCUCUGGAGGCCUGACCUACCCCUGAGCCAGCACCCAUCCCAGGUGGACCCGUUCUGGGUGCGCCCUCACACAGCUAGAUUUCCAGAAUGUAAAUUCAUUAAGUGAAUCCCCGAGUAUUUCUACUAAUCCUUGGUGACAGCCUGACUACUAGAACAAAAUGAUAUGAUUAUAUCUAUCUACAAAAUCAUAUGAUUAUAUCUAUCUAUCUACUUACAGCUGUAAGUAGUGCUGUUGGCAAUUUGAGGUAUUACCAGUCAAACUCCUAACAAGAAGCCUCCUGGAAAGUAUCAAAGGACUGAGAAUAAGGGACAAAAAGCAAUAAGAGGCACGGCGGAACACUUCUGGCUUUCACACUAUGUAUUUGCUGCUUUUUUUAAUUAGUGGGUUGUUUGGUUUUUGGUUUUUUGUUUUGUUUUUUUUUUUUAGCAACCGAGCAAUAGAUUUCUGUAUUCAGACUAGGGAAAGGAGCAAGGGUUUGAGAACGACAGGAGAUGCACUGCUUCACGGCUUCAGCCAGCGUGAAGGAGAAUUCCCAAGGCAAAUGGGGGUUGUUUGUACCUGUGUGGAAUACAAACCGCACAGUAUUUCUA